AUGCCUGUCGUACCACGACAAAGUAGAAAUAGUUCGAGUGAGUCAAGUGAGGAUUCAUCAUCAUCGUCUGAUGAUGAUAUUCCAUCACCAUCAUAUGAAGGAACAAGAACGACUACAACAAAUGAAUUAACACUUAAAGAUGAUGAUGAUGCAAUAGAUUUUGAAACACCAUUACAAGAAGAUUUCGGAGAAUCAGAAGAUGAUGAUCAAGUAAUUGUAUCAAGAGUAGUAAAAUCAUCUGUAUCAAGAAUAAAUGAUGAUGAUAGAAAGGAACAAUUAGCAAAGAAAAAACGGAAAAGAAUGUAUUUUAUUUGUGUAUCAAUGUGCAAAUAUGAUUGUGUAAGACGAGCUGCAAAACGCCUUAAUUUUCGUGAAGUAGGUGAUGAUGAUGAUUGGAAUGUUUAUUGGACUGAUACAAGUGUUGGAAUUGAAAGAGUUGCACAAAUGAAAAAAUGGCAGAAAAUUAAUCAUUUUCCCGGUAUGAGUGAAGUAUGUCGAAAAGAUUUUUUAACAAGAAAUAUGUCGCGAAUGCUGAAAAUGUUUCCAAAAGAAUAUUCAUUUUAUCCAAAAGCAUGGUGUCUUCCAGCUGAUUAUGCUGAUUUUGCUAAAUAUUGUUCAGAGAAAAAAUAUAGAACAUAUAUUUCUAAACCUGAUGUUGGUUGUCAAGGUCGAGGAAUAUUUUUAACAAAACAUCCUGGAAGAGAUAUUAAACCAACUGAUAAUUUUGUUGUACAAGUAUAUGUUAAUCGGGUAGGUAUCAAGAAUGUACUAUAG